UAUCAUUCUAUCAGAUUGUCAAAAUUAUUGCCAGACACAGACACAGGUUGUUUUUUUAUUAUUGUUUAUUUGUGGGUGUUAAAUUACUAUUAUUAUAUAAUAGUUAAUGUCAAUGGAUCUUAUACGUGUGUGAUUCUUGUGUGCAGGAUAAGCAAAGAAAAAAAAUAGAUAUAAAUAUAUCAGUUAAUAUUUUGUAGAUUAUAUUAGCUGUAAGACCUAUCGCUAGUUUUCUUUCCUAUACACUGUAUUAAAGCUUUGCAAAAGUUUUAUUUUAUAUUAGUAUCUAUUAAAGGUCAAGUUUUCAAGUUUGGAAGUGAGUGGCCACUUUGUCUAGACAUCAAAUUGUGUAGUCAAUGGUAGAUCUGAAGCAAGAGGGAGCGCUCGAUGGAAAUUUCAUUGCAAAAUUAAUUUCUCUUUCGCUUUCUCUUCCUCUGUCACUUUCUCUUCCUCUGUCACUUUCUCUUCCUCUGUCACUUUCUCUUCCUCUGUCACUUUCUCUUCCUCUGUCACUUUCUCUUCCUCUGUCACUUUCUCUUCCUCUGUCACUUUCUCUUCCUCUGUCACUUUCUCUUCCUCUGUCACUUUCUCUUCCUCUGUCACUUUCUCUUCCUCUGUCACUUUCUCCGUCUCCCGUUUUCCUGGCCCUUUUGUCUUUCUUUCUCUUCCUUUGCAUCUUUCAGUGCAUCUUUCUCUCUCUUUCUCUGUCUAUCUCUAGAUCAUUCUUUCUAUAAAUUUCUUUUUUUUUUAUAAAGAAGUUAGGAGUUGUUUAACGUUGACUCUAACCUAACCCAUCAGGUCUAAAAGUAUACAGAAUUUAUUUUAUUUCAUUUUUCUAUACACGCACCUUUUAAUAAUGGCUUCUCUUAAUUCAUCAGCACCUAUAUUUACACUAUAUAUACAUAACUGAAUAUAUUUUUAGAAAUUUACAUACGCCACUGAAUAUAUCUACAAUAUAAUUAUUGCUGAAUAUAUCUACAAAAUAUAUAUUACUGAAUAUAACUAAAAAUAUAUUUUACUGAAUAUAUCUACACUGUAUAUAUAACUGAAUAAAUAGACGUUUCACAUAUACUUAAUAAAUCUACACUUUACAUAUCACUAAAUACAUAUAUACUAUAAACAUCACAGCCUAUACCUAGAGUACAUUCUUCAGUCAUUACAUUUACACUACUUACUUCACUGACUAAAUCUACCCUACAUUCUUCACUGAAUAUAAUCUGCAGUAUAUACUUCACUGACUGAAUCUACACCCCAUACUUAACUGACUAUCUCAGUACCGGUACCUACUUCACGAACUAUAUCUAAACUACAUACUUCACUGACUAUAUCUACACUAUAUACAUACGUAACUCACUAUAUUUACGCCCAACAAAAAAUAUGAUAUCCAAAAAAAAUAAUAAUAAAAUGCAACUGUGCAAGUAUUUUUCGGAGCUGCUGUCAAUCAUAGUCGUGUACGUCAAGGGAGGGUUAAAUCUUUAAGUAUUGUAGUGAAUAUCAAAUAAUUGAUAAUGAAGAGUGUUUACGACAUCAAACAGUCAUUUAUGUAAAUGUAAUUUGAGAACAUUUUAGUUUUAAAUUCCAUCCUGUAGACCUUGCUUUGCCAUCGUUAUUUCUCCCACCCCCACAACCACACACACACUCAGACACACACGCACACACACGCACACACUCUCUCUCUACCACACACACACACCAAUCAUCUCUUCUUUAACUACAUGAAUAGUCACAUAUAUUCGUUAUUAGAUCAUACUUUUUUUUUUUCAUUUCACUGAUACUAGAAGCGUUUAAAAGGUUUUAAAAUAUCCAAGCUGUAUAUCGACGCUGGGGAAAUUUACGAAUCCCAUAUUGUUGUAUUUAUUGAUUUCAGCUUUGACAAUACGACUGAGUGGAAACUCGAAGGGUGGGCAUAGUGUCAUUGAUUUUUUUAUUUCAAAUAAAUUCUUAAACGGAAAGCCAGUCAGCAAAAUGAAUCCUCAUACAUGUCAUUGAAAACGCUCGGUUGUCACUGAUGAAUACAAAUUAUACGUCCUGAUGUGUGUGGUGGUGGUGCGUGAUGUGUGGUGUAUGGUGUGUGGUGUAUGGUGUGUGGUGUGUGUUGUGUAGUGUAUGGUGUGUGGUGUAUGGUGCGUGGUGUAUGGUGCGUGGUGUGUAGUGUAUGGUGUGUGGUGUAUGGUGUGUGGUAUGUGGUGUAUGGUGUGUGGUGUAUGGUGUGUGGUGUGUGGUGCGUGGUGGGUGGCGUGUGGUGUGAAGUGCGUCUUUUCUUCUUCCAUAUUUUAAGGGCCCACGAUCAAUGUAUUGAUCAUUCUGGCUCCUAUGUUUGAGAGGCUUUUGAAGGCGUUGGUUGCAAGGGCUUGUACUCUUAAUAGCAAUAUCCUGUGGAAUGUUCGUUGUCCAGGUCGUUGUGACGUAAUAAACGUACUUGAGGUGACUUCGUGUUUAUUCUGAUGAAUAGUGGAGUCAGGAAAUUUUAUAGGCCCCAAGGGGGCGGUGAUAACAAACAAAAAAGUUUGAAAAACACUGUUCAACUCUAAAUUAACUGCAUACAUUCUUUUUCAAGUUUAUAUAUGACUAAUAAAAUCGAACGCUUUUUAAUUACUUUUUUGGGAAAGCGUGAAUUUGUAAAGCAUUUUAUUUAGGGUACAAAUUAUUUGAAAAUACAAAUAAAAAAUUUAUCUAAAAUAAAAUAAAUAUUUUUAAAUUAUAGAAUUUUCCAGGUAAAAAAAUUAUGAAAAUUUAAACGGGAUCUAACAGCCGGGUAUGUUGGCUAGUAAACCCAGUGGUAUAAGAUAGCUAUUUAGCUAAACGUUUAAUGCGUCUAACGUGAUCACCGAACACCUUGUCCGCUCUUGAACCGUUUGCAAAGAGUUUUCGAACUUUUUUCUCUGAUACAUUUUGUCCCGUACUUCUUUCUUUUCCACUUUUCAACACAGUCACUCCAAUAAGUGAAUCCCGCAACAUAAAGCAUAUACAUUUUGAACACAUGGAAAGUUUAUUAGUGCGUCUUUACACGACUAUUUAGCGAUUUUAUUUUCAGAUUUAAUUGUUUUCAUUAAUUUUGUUGUCAGCCAAAAAGCACGAUACAUCCUUUAUAUUUCUAAAUAGGAAAUUAAAAACGUAUUUCAUUCGUUCAUGACACAAUAACAUAAUUUGUUAAGUAAGCCUACUAUUUACAAAACGUAUAGCUGGCCUGGUGCAAGUGCACCAUGGUUAAUCUGGCACUGCCUGUGAGCUAUUCAUUCAACCUGCUUAUAUUUUAUUUAGUUAAUGUCAAAAUUUUAUAGAAGUGGGUAAUUUAAACCAAAUCUGAAAUUUGAUAAUCGUAUAUGAUAUUUAAAAUACUGCAUGAUUUAAUUUUUCUUUCAGAAUCUGAUGGAGCUGUAAAAAAAAAAUUAUCCAAUCCAAUCUCCUUCAAUCCCUCACUCUGGUUUUAUGUCUCAGUCAGAUACAAGGAGAACUCUCUCCAAUGAUAGUUGUGGUUUAAUCCCAAUGCAGGUAGGUUGCCUGGAUGCAUGUUGGAAUUAUUGGAUUUAAACUACUGAUUAUUAUCACCGGUAUAUAUUUUUAUAUGACACUUUUUUAACUAGAUUUUCUGUGAAGACAUCGUGAGUAAAUUGAGGAAUUAUUAGAAUUUUUUGAAUAAUUCACUCAUGAGUAUUUAAACUACUGAUUAUUAUCACCGGUAUAUAUUUUUAUAUGACACUUUUUUAACUAGAUUUUCUGUGAAGACAUCGUGAGUAAAUUGAGGAAUUAUUAGAAUUUUUUGAAUAAUUCACUCAUGAGUUUGGUCAAGUACCUAAUAGAUUUUGAAAUAUUUUUGUCAUAUUAUGAUUAAAUAUUGUUUUUAAAAAUUAUAUUUUCACCAUUAAUUUAGAAUUUGUAUAUAGAAAAUAAAUUCUAUAAAAAGUGUGAGAUUUUAAAAAUGAUAUUUAUUAAAAAUGAAUUGCUUUCAGUCUUUGUACUGGGAAAAAAUAUUGUUUUUUUUUCAUUAGAUUAUUUGUCAAGAUAAAAAUCUUAAACCAUUUUAAAAUCAGCAUAACCCAAUGGCCGCUUCUAUGUAUGGGAGUCAAGUAGUUCAGGUGAACAGAUCUUCACCGUCUCCUGCAAAUGUAUCACAGCAAAUAAGAAAUCUACAAAUGAGACAGCAGCAACUGGAGCGCUCGGUUGUCAUCAGGGACAAUGAACGGCAACAGAAUACAGACGAACUGAUUAAAAUUAUAACAGAAAGAAAUGACCGGAUUAUUGCUGACAGCCAGCAAGUGAUGCAAGAAGUGCGUGAUAGCACAGGUGCAGUUAAGGAAUAUGUGGAGCAGAAUUCAGAGCUGAUCAAAGAUCUGAAGGUAAGUUUGGUCUAUCAUGUACAUGUUUGUGGGGAAUAAUUUAAACAUUGAUUAAUGAAUGGGAUUUCAAAAAUAUUUAUUACAACUAAACUUUAAAAAUUGGAAAGCCCUAUCAUUAUUAGCUGUGGGGAUGCAUUAUUUUUUUAUUAAAGGCCUGUUGUAUUGUUUAUCUCUGUUCACUAUAUGAGAUAAUUACUUCAGGUUAUUUUUGUUGUUUGAAUUUUUUAAACUCUUCCAUUUUUUUAAAGGGCUUUUUGGGAGAGAGCAAAGAUGUAAUCGUCGAAAUGCAGGUAUGAUUUGAUAAAACUAUUCAUAUUAAUUGAUUUAAGACAAAUGGAUUAUUUAUUUGAUUUUAAACUCUUCCAUUUUUUUAAAGGGCUUUUUGGGAGAGAGCAAAGAUGUAAUCGUCGAAAUGCAGGUAUGAUUUGAUAAAACUAUUCAUAUUAAUUGAUUUAAGACAAAUGGAUUAUUUAUUUGCUGAAAUGUCUACAUUUUGAAAUCUGUUUUUUUCCGACAAACACAUAUUUUAUUUAACAGGUGUUUAUGAUUUGAGAAAUUUUAAAAAUCUCAUGGCCACUAAAAAUGUUAAAAUACACAUUUUAAAUUAAAAACUACACCGGUAUUAUGUGUCUUAAAGAUUAUUAGAUCUAAUACUAUUUGUGAAGUUCUUGUCCAUUUCAUUUUACCAGAAAGAAGUAAGUAGCUUGAUACAUUUAUCAACUACCAAAAGCAAAAUUCGUCAAGUUCCACUUCACCUAGGUAAUGUAGACGAAGGAAGAUCAAUGCAUUUGGGACACCUUCAUGAGCCUUACAGUGAAACCAUAGGAUAUCAACAAUUGCCCAUUAACGUUUCUUUAGAUUUUCAACAGCAAGCUGCAGCUAGAACAAAUUCUCAAGUCCCCGAUACCAUGACUGCACAGUUUCAAAACUCAGGCCACUACCAAAAUUUGGGUAUCCCAAUGGGAGAAUACCAACAGCCAUAUAUUCCAACUCAUUACUACCAAAAGUUAGGUACCGGUACCUUUACAUACAUCCAUCCAGGGCCAGGUUUAUUUGCAGCACAGUUUCCUGCAAAUUAUGCCCAUCCAGGAAAAGAGAACACUACUCAACAGGUGGGUAUUAAUGCGCUGGUGACUUUAAAACCCUAUGACCACUUCCAUUGUACCAGAAAUAGAAUAAAAUACGGGAAAGAGAUGAUCAAACUUCAUGUCUCCUCAUGCUCCUGAAUAGAUGAUCUGCGGAUGUGCUUAACAUAAAUUACUGCUACCUGUCAGGCCCCACUCCUUACAUUUGUUUACCUCCCCCUUUUCAUGUUACAACUUCUCAUGUGCUCUCAUCUUUUCCAUGUUACAAUUUCUUCUCUGCUCGUUUCUUUUCCAUGUUACAAUUUCUCUUGUGCUCUCAACGAUUUUUCAACAAUACUGAAACAGUGAAAGCUGUGUGAAAAUAUUUUCACCAUGAAAUGUUUCAUUUUUAACACAAAUCUUAAUUUUUUAAAAAAGUUUUCAUGGACCAUUUAAAUCUAUACAGCACUGAUCUAGAUAUGUACUAGAUAUGUACUUAACGUAUUUGGAGGGGGAAAGGUCUCGUAAAAAUGGCUUUAUUAUAUUUAUUUCUACUUAUUCACUGUGCUUAAUAAAAAAAAAAAUUAUUUAAAUAUUUUCAAUAUCUUAACCUUCACUUUUGUCAUGAAGAAUAAUUUAUUUAACAGUGUUAAAUUUCUCUAAUUAAUAUUUAGCUAAAGGAAUAAACAACAUUGUUACUGAUAAUCCUUGUUUCUCAAUAUUAACUGAAAAUUAUAAAGCCACCAAAAUUUUAACGUAAUUUUUCUUUGUCCCGGAUACUUGUAAGUCCCUCUCCCCACUUUUCCCCUCUCUCAUCUCGUAUAAAAAAGGAAAAUAAAUCAUAUUGAAAAAAUCAUCCAUUAUAACAUUGUUCUCCAAUAUUUUUUUUUUAUGUCUCUAUGAUGUAUCUAUGUCAUCUCAACCAGAAAUUUAGUAAAGGUGAGAAGAAGAGUCAAUCUCUAAAAGUACAUCAACACAGUUUUACAGCUCCUUCAUUGCCUGGCAUCAAUAACCCAUUGCACGGAGCACAAAGUCAAGAACCACAUACAUACACAACCACGGUGGACAGGGCAGAGAUCCCACAGGAACUGUUAGACAAUGUGUUAGAUAAAGUAAAACAGGAAAUGAAACAAGUAGAGAAAAAACAACAUGAAGAAAAAGAAAGGGAAGAAGUUCUGAAAGCACAAAUGAAAGAAUUCAUUAAGGCCAAUAAAGAAAUGCAAGAGAAAGUAAAGGAACAAACAGAACAGAGGAGAAGAGAAAAAAUUGAAAUGGAACAUAAGAAACUAAUGGGACAGAAAGAAAUGUUAAUAAAAGAAAGGGAACAAACCGAAAAAUUGGAAAGAAAACAGAGAAGACUAGAGGAAGAAUUAGUAAGAAAACAAAUGGAGGACAAACUUAAAUUGGAAAAAAUUCAAAAUGAGCUCAUGCAAUUAAAACAAAAGCAAGAAAUUCAACAGAGAGAAGAAAUAGGAAAUGUGCUAAGACAGCUUAAAGAAAAGGAAGAAACCGAACAAAGUGAAGAAAAAAAACAAAGAGAAGAAACGCAACAAAUGGAACAAGCAAAAUUGAAACUACUGGAAACAAUUUACAAAGGACAAUUGGAGCAAAAGGAAACGUUCAUGCAAAUACAAAAAGAACUGAAAGAAGUAAAACUUAAGGAAGAAAUGAAACUGAAGGAACUGAUACAACAGAAACAAAGGGAAGAAAUCCAACAAAGGGAUCAAGCUAAUAUGAAACUACUGGAAACGAUGCGCCGAGAGCAAAAAGAGCAAAAAGAAAAAUUUGAGCAAAUUCAAAAUGAGCUCCAGGAAUUGAAACAAAAGGGAAUCCCACAACAUUGGGAACUAAUGCAGCAAAGGAAGCCUAAUCAUCAAGAAAAAAACAGAGAUGCAGAGUUCAAAGUUCAAAUACAAAGUGAGGAAACAGAUGCAAAUGAUUUUAAUGACUGCAACCAAAGAUCCAAUGGACCAAGAUCAAUUUAUACGACACCAAGUGGCAGGCAAAUCAUCAAACCUACUAAAUUCACCAUUUCCUCACAUCGAUCAAUUUCUGACAGUAUAUUCUGCAGCCAGACUGGGGAAUCAAACAAUAUCUUAUGUUCUGGAAUAUUGGCGAAACAUGAUCAUGACAAAGAAGCAACCAACACAAGUGACUUUUGUCAUACAACUAUGAGAUUUAAACAAGCUUUGGAAAUUCAGACUGAAUCAAAUGAACCCAAAAUCCCAAAAGAACCUGAGAGAUCUGAUAAAAUCCAGAGUUUUACGUCAAGCAACAAAUGCCUUCCAGAUUCUGAAAAAUCAGUAAGUUAUCUUAGUUUUUUUCUGUUUUAAGUUCUUUGAGCAUUUUUUUUUUUCUAUAAUCUAAAAGUUAGAAAGACUGAUGUAAGAUUUUUUAAAAACUGAAGCAUAAACAUUUAACGCGCUGAAUUUGGGAUCUGCAUUCUUUCUGAGCAGGUUAACAGUAUUAUUUAUAUUUAUUAUUAAUCAUUAUUUUUUUUUUAAAAUAGAUCAAUCAGUGGGAAAUCUUAGUGAAACCUAUAGCAGGUCAAGCAGAGAAUUUUUAUAGCCUCUCAAAAGAUGUGACAGGUAAUUAAAUUGAUUUCCAUGCAAAAAAAAAAAAAAUGUAAGUAGUUGUUUAAGUAUAUUUAAUUUUCUCUAAAGGACUAGCCUUAAAUGGCAGAUAACAAAUAGUAGUAACGUUAUUAAUACAUAAUUUUCAAAUAAAUUUAAAGUAUUUGAUCAUGUAAAAUUUAAAAUAAAAUUUCAAUAAGGCCCUUAGUUAAGAUUAAUUUAAUGGGAUUUUUUCUGGUGAUUUAAUUAAUAUAUUAAAAUUUAAGAUUUUGUUAUAAAAUUUCAGAUAACAUUAUUGUUAUUAUUCUUUAAACAAUUUAAUUGUAUUAGUAACAGACUCUAAGUAAUACCUCCAUAAAAAUGUAUCAUUAUGUAUUUAUAUUUGUUUUUAUAUUUGGAUAUAACUUUUACAAUUGUUAUAAACCGUCCACCUUUUACAGAAAGGUUCAAUGAAGAGGAAGAUGAACAAGUGGUAUUUGAAAAUGAUGAUUCCUCAAGUGACUCUUCUGAUCAGGCUUCAAGUGAUUUAUCUAGUGAAGAUUUCAGUAUCUACGAUGGCCCUAAAUAUGAAGGGAUGGUGUACCGAAGCAAAGCACUCACAUUUUUCCCUACAAGGGAUGCAGGAAUAUCUGAAAAUUUUGAGCAUGGUAUGUUGUAAUUGAAGCUAACAAAUCAAAAUAUAAUUUGAUUUUUGAUCAUGUCUAUCAGUUGUUUUUUUUUAAUGAUUGACACAUCACUAGUAUAUUUUUUCUGAAAGAUGGUGACAUAUUUUUAUUUUAGUAUUAAAGAUAUAGUAAAGAGUAACAGUGGUGUAGCUAAGAUUGGUAUCACCCGGUGCGGUUAACUCAUGGUGUCAUCCCAGAGGCGUAGCGAGUGGGGUGCAGGGGGACAGAUGUCCCCGGGCGCCAGAUGUCCCCGGGCGCCAGGUAGUUAGGGGCGCCAAAAUGCGCUUUGAUAUUGUUUUAUUGAUGAAAAUAAUGGGUUUGAGAGUUGAAAAAAAGAAAAAGGGGGCGCUUUAAAAUGGAUCUUGUCCUCGGGCGCGAAUCUUGUCCCCGGGCGCGAAACACCCUCGCUACGCCGCUGUGUCAUCCUCCCCCCCCCCCUUUUGCGCGCAUUCCAUGAGGGAUUUCUUCUUGUUAAAUUAAGUCAACAGUAUUAAAAUGUUUUUAAUUUUUUUACUGAUUCAAUUACUCGGGCGCGAAUCUUGUCCUCGGGCGCGAAACACCCUCGCUACGCCGCUCUGUCAUCCUCCCCCCCCCCCCUUUAGCGCGCUUUCCAUGAAGGAUUUCUUCUUGUUAAAUUAAGUCAACAGUAUUAAAAUGUUUUUAAUUUUUUUACUGAUUCAAUUCAUGAACUUAGAAUCGCCCGACCACACUGUAUAUGGUGUCAAUGGAGAGCCUUAUCACUCAGAAUUUCUAUAAUUAUAGCUUCAUGUCCCUUGCGAAAGAUACCGAACACUUAAAUCGGCGUUAAAACAUGGCCUAAACAGUGUUUUCUGACCUAACAAUAGUGUCACUUCAUCAGGGCCAGACUUGGGUUGCUUGAGCCCCGGCAAGCUUAGCUUUGGUGUCCCUUUUAUCGAUAACGAUAUAAUUUAUGGCAAGGAAAAAAAUGAAGGCUUAGGUGAUGAGUUUAUUACCUAACGUUUUGUUUUUAACAAACAAUGAACAAUAAUAUUGUUUUUCUUAACUUGUUUUUUUGGACAGUAUGAACAAUUAGCCUGCCGAUGACACUUCUUAGCAGCCUUUAAAUCAGCAAAUAUUUUUAUUGCACUUUCUAUGUAUCUUCCAAGGCGCUAAAAUGCAAUGCUUUUUCCUAUUUUGGAAGAUCAUAAAUAAUGCCCUAAGCACAUGGCGACCUGGCCAUUGCCUGUGCCAGAGAGGCCACUACCAUGAGCUAACCCUGCACCUCAUUUCUGAUGCAUCAACCUUAAUCGUUUAAUAAAGCACGCAUUUGGAUUGGUUACAUGUAUGGACAAUUUACGUUUGAUCGGUUAUCCUUUGAUCAGUUAGACAUAGCAUUAGAGCAUUAUUUGCUCUGUAAAUAUGCAGUUUUUUGAAUUUGGUGUCACCCACUGAGAUAGUGCCACCCGACGCGAGCCGCACCACCUAUCUACGCUACUGAAGAUUAAAUAUACUUACAUAUAUCUAUAAGCAUAUUUAUUUUAUCUUAUUUAAAUAGAUUUGAUAUCGUUAAGAUGAAAAAAUUACUAUUAUAUAUUAUUUUAAAGACAGCCCUUUCCUUUAGUGCAUGGAGUUUAAUUUUCUUUGUCAUUGAACACAUAAUAUUUUACAUGAAAUUUUAUAUUGUUCCUGAAAUUGAAAUAUGUGUUAUACGGUCACAUUAACUCAUUCUUAUAUACCGGUAGAUAUGUUUUACUAAGUCUAUAUAUUAAAAGGCUAAUAUUAAUGGGUAUUAAUUAUUAUAACAGUUAAGUAGGUUCUAACUUUUCUUUCUAGCCUAUGCCCUACAAAUUAUCGUAAUUUUAUGGAUAUAUAUUUCAGUUGCCAUCUUAAGAUUAGAGCCAGAUGAAAGUGACAGAAACAGACAGAAUGUGAGGGAUGAAGAUAAUGAACGUUUCAACAAUGACAAUGAAAAAUACCAAAUAAGUUCUGGUCCAUGCAGUAUUCCUCAUCAUAUAAUUGAAGUGAACGGGAAUAAAUCAGUUCUAAAAAAUGGAAACAAAUGUGAUCAUCAGUUAUCUUAUGACUACAAACACUUACAAGAUGAUAGACGUUAUAAUUUCGCCAGUGAAUCGAAUACAAAUUUUAACUUGGAAAACCAAGGAACACAAUCUGGAAUCUGUGUGGAAGGCUGUGUACAAAACAAAACAAUACCAACCCAUUGCAGUUUUCUAGAGAGUGCAAGCUAUGCAGGACAGGUGGGAUGCACAGGAAAAUUGGUAAGCACUGGACAAGAGGGAAGUAUUGGACAUGACAGAAAUGCAGGACAUUGGGAAGGUUCACGUCUAGGUGGAUACAAAGAAGAAUUAGAAGAUAUGAGACCUGCAGGAAAUAGAGGAAAAGAAGAGAGUACUAAACAAGGGGGCAGUAACGAAAAAGUUGGAAAUACACGACUAUGGGAAGAAAAUGGUCAAAGGGGAAAUACAGGACAAUGGGUAAAUACCCGACAGUGGGAAGGUAAUGGUCAAUGGGAAAGUGCAGGACAUUGGGGAAAUACACAACAGUGGACAGAUAAUGGUCAAUGGGGAAAUAAAGUGCAAUGGGUAAAUACCCGACAGUGGGAAAAUAAUGGUGCAUGGGGAAAUGCAGGAAAAUGGGGAAAUACCCAACAGUGGGAAGAUAAUACAAAAACAGGGUCUUCAGGAGAGGCAGGAAAUAUGAGCAUAGGGAUUGAGAAUGAAUUUUUCCUAAAAACUGGAGAGGGGGCUACCACAGAAGAGAAUAAAAAUAAAGGUGGCGGUGCUACUACAGAAGUGAUACCAAAUAUUGGUAUGAAUGUUACUAUAAUAGAAAUGGUAAAAAGUAAGAUUAAAGAUGCAACUUCAAAAGUAGAACAAAAUACAUGUGGGGAUGUUACUAAAGAAUGGGAUCAGAAUACAGAUGGGGUUGUAACUAUAGAAGGGAAUGAAAACACAGGUGGGGUUGUUGCUACACAAGUGGAUCAAAAUACAGGUGGUGUGGUUAUUACAGAACUGAAUCAAAAUACAGGUGGGGUUGUUACUACAGAAGUGGAUGAAAACACAGGUGGGGUUGUUUCUAAUGAAGGAGAUAAAAGCACAGGUGGGGUUGUUUCUACAGAAGGGGUUCAAAACAAAGGUGGG